AUGCCCCUGAUGGCUCAUUGGUUCAAACUAAGUGCAGAUCCUCCCAGCUUGAGGAAGGUAGAUCCCAAAGGGCGGAGCGCACUGCUGGCUGACAUCCAACAAGGAACUCGCCUACGCAAAGUCACGCAGAUCAAUGACCGCAGUGCCCCGCAAAUCGAGAGUUCUAAAGGAGCCAACAAGGAAGGAGGAGGCCCUGCAAAUUCCCGGGGCGGGAGCACACCCCCAGCCCUGGGGGAUCUGUUUGCCGGGGGGUUUCCAGUGCUGCGACCAGCAGGCCAGAGGGAUGCAGCAGGUGGCAAGACAGGGCAGGCCCCUGGUUCCCGAGCACCUUCUCCCCGGCUUCCCAUCAAAACCAUCGGUGGCCCACUCAACACCCCUGCAUCUCCCAGACUAGGCAAUGCCUCCGAGAUGGCACCCCCACCACCCCCAGUCUCUGUUCUCAGUGACAAGGCAGUGAGGCCCCAGCUAGCCCCCUUGCAUCUACCACCCAUCCCCCCUCCACUCCCCCUCUUGCCACCUUGUGGGUAUCCGGGGCUCAACUCAGAUGCUUCCAGCCCAACCCAAGAUGUUCGGGAGCCUCCAGCCCCACCACCCCCACCACCUCCUCUCCCCAUUUAUGCCUCAUGCACCCCAAGAUCCUCUGUGCCUAUGUCCCCGUUGUCAGGCACUAACAACAUCGCUGAAGCCCCACCCCCGUUACCCCCCAAGUCCCCCAACUUUCAGGUCCAGCCAUUGAAGCCCAGUGGGCCAGCACCGCCCGCCCCCCCUGGAUCUCAGGCAUUCCUGCAGAAGAAGCGUCCUGGCAGAGGCCCAGGCACCAGCGGGGGGAAGCUAAAUCCUCCCCCAGCACCCCCUGCAAGAUCACCCACCACAGAGCUUUCCAGCAAGAGCCAGCAGGCCCCGGCCUGGACCCCAGCACAGCAGCUAGGAGGUCAGCUUCGGAACGGAAGCCUGAACAUUAUGGAUGACUUUGAGUCAAAAUUCACGUUCCAUUCUGUGGAAGACUUUCCUCCGCCUGAUGAAUAUAAACCAUGCCAGAAAAUUUACCCCAGCAAGAUCCCCAGAAGCCGUACACCUGGUCCCUGGCUGCACGCCGAGGCCACCGGGCCCAGCUCUGAUGACAUCAAAGGCAGAAACUCUCAGUUAUCUCUAAAGACACUCCGGUGAGAAGACAGAUGAAGCCAAGGCCCCGGGGACACCUGGGUUACGGUACAGGAUGGGCACCCCAUGAAGACGUGUCUGGACCCACCAUGUUCAACUUGUGAUUCAGCUGACAUGCACGCUCUGAGUGGAGCUUCUAUUUAUUUUAAAUAUGUGGUUUGCACAGGCUUUAAAUCAGUAUUCUAGUCAACUUUUAUUUAAGUGAUUUUUGAAAAGACACCAUAUCUCCAUUUUUUAAGUGCAUCUUGACAUUCAUCUGCCAGUAUAUACAGAGCCCUGUCCCCCCAGACAUCCAUUCCAUGACUGUGUAUACACGUGCAGUCUGGCCCUUCCUAGAUGCUGAACCAUUCUGAGAAGAGCUCUUAGUUUGCAGGUAUUCCCAAAGCCAUUGUAUCCACAGCGGCUUCCUAUUGGCAUGAUUUUAUAUUUUCAUUGCACCAACCACAAAGUCAAACCAAAUAAUGCCUUAUAAAUGAUGCAGCUCAGAGAGUAGUACGUCCCCACACCCUGAAAGCCACACAGCCUCCAGUGAGCGAGAUAGCACAUCUUGCUUCCUUUUUGCCAUCCAGGGAUUUUUUUUUUUCCUUGCUGCCUACUGUAAAUAUAGUACAACGGCAAGGAUGGGCUUGGUCCCUCCAGUGCUGACCACAAAACCCCUUUUGUAACUGAAUGAUCCUACAAGUAGCCAAUGCUCUUACUGUUUACAGUGCCCCUUGGGCCCAAGUCUCCUGUCCCCUCUGAGCCUCCAGCCCCAGCCGAGCCAGGCUGAGGUAAGAUUUCUGAAUUUUGGCAUUUUCCUUGCAAAUUAGAAAUAUACACAACUCCUUUUCAUAGUAAAUUACUAACUCUAUCUCAGAGGCCUUUUUUUCUCCCAAAUGCAGGAUUUCUGUGAAAAUAUGCUACCAAAAAAGCAUAGCAAAAUAUAUUGUGAAAUAAUCUGCCUCAAAUAUCUGGUUUCUCACCUCCCUCCCUAGGAAACCAGGAACCACCCAUCAGGCAAAACCUAGUUCCUCUCUGUGCUGACCAGCCCCUCAUGGAUCUGAGAGCUCCCACUCCUGGGGGGUGGGGAGGAAGGGAAAAUUCAGCUGCCCUGAAUGUGGAGGGUCAGGACUGACUGUAACUGUGCUCACAUGCUUGCUCUCUUGCUUUGGCAAGGGAAUGCAAGUGCAUGUUUUCUUACCCACCUCACCCUGGAUGCUGUCCAUACUGGAAGGGGAAGGUAGUGACAGAGAAAGAGAAAAUAGAAGGAAACAAUAAUCCCUGGGCUACAUUCAAAAUAGUUGCAGAUGAAAGGAAAUUAGGGAAGAAGAGGUGGAAAGCACAGUGGAGAGUAUGUUUCCGUUAGAAUGACACACUCACACCUGAGUGACAUGCCCUGACCGAGCUACCCAAGCCCCAAGCCCAGGUGGCAGCUGGGAGGGUUUUAUAAAUAUUACUGCUUCCACCUCACUGCUGUGCAGAGGAAAGACAAAGAUGGCAUCCUGUAUUCUCAUUCCAGACAGAAGUGACUGUGCCAGGUCAUGUUCACUUCUCAAGGGAGUAAAUCAGUAGAAAUAGCUAAAUCAAUGAAAAAGAAGCAUUUGCAAGUCAUCAGCUCUGGGCAUAGCUGACAUUUUUUUAUUGGUUCUAGAAGGUUCUGAAAGGUCAGAUAUCCAUUCUAACUCGCAGUUGCAUAAAAUAAUUGUGGAGUUUUAAUUAUUGUGAGUUAGAAGACCCAGACAGAGGCCAUCCCACUUUCAGAGUAGACCCUCUUCCCUGAUAAGAUGUUUAUAUGUUCAUGUUCCACACCUUUGGGUUAGAAAUUAAAACUAAACUAUUUCAAGGACAGAGGGAAGGAACGAGCAGAAACCAAAAACUAUGAUUAGGGAGAAAUCUCAGGAAUCUGGCUUCACAUUUCUCCUCGAGACCAUCACUGGAUUCAUGCCCUUUGACCUCAUUCCUCUGGCAGGAAGAAGAUUUAGACCCUUGACCAUAAACUCCGAUGUAGAGGCAGCAGGUCACAGCACCCCUACUGCUCUCCCCAUUCUCAGUGACACUGUUGUCGAUGAAUUUCAUAUGCAUUUCAUAUUUAUUGAUGCUCCAUCUGCAGAUUCAUUUCUUUGUACCUAAUAAACUUUAAUAGUGGAAGUUCUUCGGUCAUGUCUUUGUUAAAACCCAUUGGUGGUCACCAGUACCAGUGUAAGAUAAACAUUUUUA